AUGGUUCUCAACAUUAACUCCAUGCUUGAGCGCUUGCACGUGCAAAGCGUCUCUGACCAGCUCUACCUGGAAGAGUGCUACGAUGUCUACGGCGACGUCGUGGCUGAGGAGAACGACACCACGACGUACAACAAUCCCGUAAUCGAUCGCGUCAUUGAAGACAGCGGUGUUGACGGGUUUCGCACGGUGACCAACUUUACCCCCGACGAGUUCGACACCAUUUGGAGCGUCGUUGAGAUGGCUCUCCAAGCGCGCUGGCACGACGGCCGGGGCCGCAGGCCCUUGUCAACGCCGAAGGAUGCCCUCUUCAUGACCUUGGUCAUUCUGAAGUACUAUCAAACGUGGCAGAAGCAUGCCCUGGACUUUGACAUUAAUGCCCCAACACUCGAGAAAAUGAUAAUACGUGUGGUCGACGUUAUCUCUCCAAUUAUCUACGCCCAUUUCGUCACGAUGCCAACCAUGGAGGCCCUGCGUGAACACGACACGACGUUCCGAAACUACCCGUAUGCGAAGUACGCAACCGACAUCAAGUUCCAACCAUCCCACCGUCCGUCCGGCCGCUUCGGGGACCAAAAACACUACUUCAGAGGCAAGCAUAAGCUCUACGGACUCAAGAUCGAAGCAUCGGUUUCUGCGCAAGGUCUGCUCGUGGAUAUGGGUCGCCACGAACCUGGAUCGGUUGCCGACCUCACAAUGUUCCGCAAGCGGCUGGAUGUGCACGUAACGAAUCUGAAGAAGACACCUACGGAAGCAACCGUGAAUGACAAUGGUGAGCUCUUCCAAGCAUUCUCAACCAUACACCUGACUGCGUCGGUUCGCGCCAUCCACCCAAAGAAGCGUCCGUCGAAUGGUGCCCUUGACCGGCCUGACCUCGAGCGUACUCGGCGGUCUCCUCUGAUCGCGUCAUCGUCGAAAACUUCUUCGGUCGCCACCUUUUUUUGGGGCGAGAAAAUAUACGAUGGCAUUCAACGACUCACCUUCGCGUUGACCAAUUUCCAUGUUGGGCACAUGCCCCUUCGGGACGACGACCUCCAUCAGUACCGUGCGGUUCUUGCUCGAUACGCGCGCAUGGCGGAGAAGAGAUCGCAGCGUGCAGCGACACAACGCCGCUACGUCCACCGUCGUGCAGAGAGACUCGCGACUGAGUCGAUGCGUUCUUCUUUGGUUGCCCGUGGCGCUUUCCUCUGUCCAACCGUCAACACCCGCCGCUAG